AUUCAUUGUAUGUUAUUCUAAUAAUCUCAGGGAACACCCAGAAGAAAAAAGAAGGUAGUUCACAGAACAGCAACAACAGAUGAUAAGAAAUUGCAGAACACUCUUAAGAAGCUCUCAGUCAACACCAUUCCUGGAAUUGAAGAGGUGAACAUGAUCAAGGAUGAUGGAACGGUCAUUCACUUUACUAAUCCAAAAGUGCAAGCUUCCCUUGGAUCUAACAUUUUUGCAGUGGUUGGUCAGUCUGAAAAUAAAUCAAUCACUGAAUUGCUUCCUGGAAUUUUGAAUCAGUUGGGUAAUGAUAGCUUGACCAAUUUGAGGCGGCUGGCUGAGAAAUUUCCACCAGCUGAUGUUGGCCAUGUACCAGCUCUGACUGAGGAGGUUGAUGAUGAUGACGUCCCAGAAUUAGUUGAGAAUUUUGAUGAGCCCUCUAAAGCAGAAGGUGUUUAAAGAGACGUUGAGUGUGGUUUGGAUGACUCAACACCAUCUACUGAUGCCACCACACUAGUGCUGUGGCCUACAAAACUAUAAACAAACCUUGUAGCCUUUUUUCAUUGUAUAUGUCAUAGUUGACUAGACAAAUUUUGUAGGUGUUCUGUGCGAUCUUUGGUGUUGAGUUUCUUGAUACACCAGCAAUUUACUGGGCUGUCAAUAAACUAAUGGGAAACUUGC